GAGAUGGCACGCACCUGUCUUCUACUCUUGCUGUUGAGUACACUGGUAUGCUGUAGCCUCGGACAAGGUGGAGCUGGAGCUGUGAUCCUGGAGAGCCCUGCCCUUCCUGUGACUGAGGGAGAAUCUGUGACUCUGGGCUGCAGAUAUCAGGGAACUCCCUCUGACCUCACAGCUGAUUUCUACAAAGAUGGAUCCCUCAUCAGGACUGAGACUACAGGAAAUAUGACCAUCCCUGCAGUAUCCAAGUCAGAUGAAGGACUCUACAAGUGUAACAACUCUGAAGGAGAAUCACCAGAGAGCUGGAUGACAGUGACAUACCUCUCUCUCUCAGAUCUCUCUCUUCCAUUCUCUCUGAGUGUCAGUCCUGACAGAUCUCAGUUCUUUAAAUAUGAGUCUGUCACUCUGAGCUGUGAGGUUCAGGGGAACUCUGCUGGAUGGAGACUGAAGAGAUACACAGUCUCUUGGGAGCGUUCAGAUUGUGGAAGCAAUUGGGGAAAACCAGAAGGGUCUUCAUGCAUCGUGUCACUAAUACCAUCACACAGUGGAGUGUACUGGUGUGAGUCUGGGUCUGGAGAACACAGCAAUGCUGUCAACAUCACAGUACCUGCUGGUGCUGUGAUCCUGGAGAGCCCUGCCCUUCCUGUGACUGAGGGAGAUUAUGUGACUCUGCGCUGCAGACAUCAGGGAACUCCCUCUGACCUCACAGCUGAUUUCUACAAAGAUGGAUCCCUCAUCAGGACUGAGACUACAGGAGAGAUGACCAUCCCUGCAGUAUCCAAGUCAGAUGAAGGACUCUACAAGUGUACCAACUCUAAAGGAGAAUCACCAGAGAGCUGGAUGACUAUGACAGACCUCUCUCUCUCAGAUCUCUCUCUUCCUGCAUCUAUGAGUGUCAGUCCUGACAGAUCUCAGUUCUUUAAAUAUGAGUCUGUCACUCUGAGCUGUGAGGUUCAGGGGAACUCUGCUAGAUGGAGACUGAAGAGAUACACAGUCUCUGGGGAGCGUUCAGAUUGUGGAAGCAAUUGGGGAAAACCAGAAGGGUCUUCAUGCAUCGUGUCGCUAAUACCAUCACACAGUGGAGUGUACUGGUGUGAGUCUGGGUCUGGAGAACACAGCAAUGCUGUCAACAUCACAGUACCUGCUGGAGCUGUGAUCCUGGAGAGCCCUGCCCUUCCUGUGACUGAGGGAGAUUCUGUGACUCUGGGCUGCAGUUAUCAGAGAACUCCCUCUGACCUCACAGCUGAUUUCUACAAAGAUGGAUCCCUCAUCAGGGCUGAGACUCCAGGAGAGAUGACCAUCCCUGCAGUAUCCAAGUCAGAUGAAGGACUCUACAAGUGUACCAACUCUGAAGGAGAAUCACCAGAGAGCUGGAUGACAGUGACAGGUCUCACUCGUUCUUCAACUGCAGUUCCAACUCCCAUUCCAUCUCCAGCAGUCCCAGUGUUAUCCAUGUCUCUACCCAGGCUGCUGUGUAGUCUACUGGUGGGGUCUCUCUACCUGCUGGUGACCAUCAUACUGCUGGUGAAAGGCUGCAGGAGCAGGACUCAAGGGGAAACCAUGAUACCCAGGAAGACACACCAAGACCAAUUAGGUGAUCGUGUUGAAGAAGAGUGAGGCUGAGAUCACCUGAUCACCAUAACAACCAUCAGAAUGGAACUCAUGGAAUUCUAAUAUAGAACUGUGAGUCACAAUGCUGUAUGUUGUUACAUUGUAGCUCCACCUGCUGGAACAAUAGUGGCAUUUGAUCUAAUGUGAUCUAUUAACUGAUACAUGUAUUAUUCUGAUUAGAAUGUGUUUUAAUAUAAUGUGUGUUGUAUUAUUCAUUCAGCAGCUGUCCUUUAACAUCAGUCAUAUACUGGUCAUAUACUGUGUAGCAUUAUGGUUGAUACAUUGUCAAUGCCUUCACUUCUCAUGUCUAUACAGAUCAACUGAUAGGUGUUGUGGUUCAGGCAUUAUUGUCACAGGUUCAGUAUAAUGUUAUACCGUUACAUGUUACAGAGAUAGAAAACAUACAGGAGAGGAGAAUUCAAUUAUUAUAAUUAUUUACUUUAUUUUCCCAUUUUGUUCUCGAUAGUAAUUCAUAUUUGAGUUUAUGUUAACAGAAAACUAAAGUAGGCCUUUUGUUUUAUUGUGCUUGUUUUGUGCAAGACCAUUAUAUUUCAUUGAACAAUCUAGGUAAGAUUUUGCUUUUGUCUUUGUAGCAUAUAGAGUUAAAU